AUGGCGGCCCCCAGCCUGCAGGUGAACGGCAGGCCCUUCAGCAUCUACGCCAACAGCGGCCUGAUCCUCGGCAAGGCCGAGGCGAUGCUGAGUCUCACCAGCCAGGUGGCCGAGAUCGCGGCCGAGUGCAAGUUCUGGAUCUCCGACCAGAGCUUCGUCAACCUGGUCCGUUACUACAUGAUUAAGGAGCGCGGCGAGGACAAGGUCUUGAUGUUCCCAGACAUGGAGAAGACCGCCUCCCUGGGGCACUACAGCUGGUACUAUUGGACCGAGGACGGCUGGCUCGCCACCAUGGACGGCAAGCGGGAGAGGCUGUACGUGGUCCAUCAGUACGACCGCGCCCCGCAGGCCAAGCUGCUGACGGAGCUGGUCUGGAACAAGACGGCCGAUUGGCUGCGCCAGCGCGAGUGAGCUCCCUUCCCUCUGCAGCAGGUUCAACAAGGCGAAAGCACGAGUGAAGAGGAACUCGUUUUCGGACCGAUGCCGUUGCGAGGUUCCGCCAGCAGUGUUCUGCUGCAUCGAAAACGCUGCUCAGGGCCGCGCACCGAGCAGAAGUGCUAAAACUAGCGUUCGGCCAGCUUGCGAUUUGCCUCUUGACGGACCGACCUUUUCAAACGUUUCUUGCGCGCGCGCGUGUACGUGUGUACGUGUGUGUGUACGUGUGGGUGUGUACGUGUGUGUGUG